CUUUCGGGAUUUUUAUCUCGAAGCGUUAGUGCUUUUUGGCGGCGUCUCUGAAAUUUCGCAAAAAAAGAAAUUUGCAAUAAAAAGUGCUUAAAAGUAUAAUAAUAAAGAUGGGCAUGGAAGUGGACACUAAUGAGCCGGCCGUGGAACUUACGGAGGCGGAGAACGAGCUGUACGAUCGACAGAUUCGGCUCUGGGGCCUGGAGUCGCAAAAACGACUGCGCACUGCUAGGAUUCUAAUUGCUGGUUUAAGCGGUCUUGGUGCCGAAAUAACAAAAAACAUCAUUCUGUCCGGAGUGAACUCGGUUAAGUUGCUCGACGAUAAGCCAGUCACCGAGGCGGACUUCUGCUCACAGUUCCUGGCUGCCCGGGAAUCCCUGGGAAGCAACCGCGCCGAGGCAUCUUUAUUGCGGGCACGUGCUCUUAACCCCAUGGUGGACAUCUCGGCCGAUACCCAGUCCCUCAAGGAGAAGACGUCCGAGUUCUUUGCCGAUUUUGACGUAGUUGUGGUAAGCGGCGAGACCAACGAGGAGCUCCUGCGCGUCGACAACAUUUGCCGGGAGUUGGGAGUUAAGUUCUACGCGACUGAUGUCUGGGGCAUGUUUGGAUUUUACUUUGCCAGUCUGCAGAAGCACAAAUACGUCGAAGAUUUGGUGAAGUACAUCCCGAAAGCAUCAACCAAGCCCAAUGAGAAGACCAAGUACGAGCUAUCUUCGACUCCAGUGCAACGAGAAAUGGAGUACCCUGGCUACUCUACCUGGUUGAAUUUGGAAACAUCCUCGCGCAGCUUUCAGCGAAAAUUGAAGAAAUCUGGACCAGGCCUCCUUCUGCUGAACGUCUUGCAAAAGUUCCGGUCCACUCACAAGCGGGAUCCUAGCUAUAAGACGCGUGAGGCUGAUUUGGAACUGCUGCGCGGUAUUCGCGAUGACCAGGUGCCCAAUUCUUCCCUGGCUGACGAAGCUCUAGGUGUUCUUUUCGCUCAAAUCUCUCCCGCUGUUGCUAUAGUUGGUGGUGUAGUCGCUCAGGAAGUCAUCAAGGUGGUCACAAAGUUGGAAGCGCCUCACCGAAAUCUUUUCGUCUUCGAUCCACAAACCUGUGCAGGAUAUAUUGAAAACAUCGAAGCCAACUGAACUCGAUUACUACUCUUAAAACACGAAUUUUGUAUUUCCAUUCACUUCAAAUAACACCACUGAUGAAAA